AUGGGUUUAAAAAAUUUAACUGCCAAAACGAGCAGCUUACACGAAGCCAACCUUGACAGGCCGACCCUCAUAAGCGCGAAAAUGUUCAGAAAAUUCUCCAAAGAAGACAUCCAUUCUCGCUCUAAAGUGAAAUCUUCCAUCCAAAGAACUUUGAAGUCAAAAUUGGUUGCCCAGUAUCCAUUGUUGGAACAAGUUAUUGAUGAAUUGAUACCCAAGAAAGGUCAGGUGGAGCUGAUCAAAUGUGAAGAUAAAAUUCAACUAUACACCGUUGAUGGCGAGGUGCUUUUUUUCCAGAAGUUUGAUGAGCUUAUUCCAUCUUUGAAACUAGUGCACAGGUUCCCAGAAGCCUAUCCAACAGUACAGGUCGAUAGAGGCGCUAUUAAGUUUGUUCUCUCUGGUGCCAAUAUAAUGUGUCCAGGGUUAACUUCCCCUGGGGCUAAACUACCUGAAUCGCCAGGUUUUGAAAAGGACACGGUCGUUGUUAUCAAUGCUGAAAACAAGGACAGCGCGCUAGCAAUUGGUAAAUUGAUGAUGAGCACUAACGAUAUUGCAGAAAUUAAUAAAGGUCAUGGUGUUGAAUUGAUCCAUCACUUAGGUGAUCCAUUGUGGAAUUUCAGCAUUGAAUAA